AUGGCUCAGCCCCUCGUGAAGAAAGACGAUGAUCGCGACGACGAAGCGGAAUACUCUCCCUUCAUGGGAAUCGAGAAGGGUGCCGUUCUUCAGGAAGCUAGGGUUUUCAAUGAUCCUCAGCUGGAUCCAAGAAGAUGCUCUCAGGUCAUCACAAAGCUCCUUUAUCUACUUAACCAAGGGGAAACUUUCACUAAGGUUGAAGCCACCGAAGUUUUCUUUGCUGUAACGAAGCUAUUUCAGUCAAGAGAUGUUGGGUUAAGAAGGAUGCUCUAUUUAAUGAUAAAGGAAUUAUCUCCUUCAGCUGAUGAGGUUAUCAUUGUGACAAGUUCCCUUAUGAAGGACAUGAAUAGCAAGACCGAUAUGUACCGGGCGAAUGCCAUUCGCGUGCUUUGUCGGAUAACAGAUGGAGUUCUGCUGACUCAGAUUGAGCGUUAUCUGAAGCAAGCUAUUGUUGACAAGAAUCCAGUAGUUGCUAGUGCUGCUCUAGUCAGUGGUAUCCAUUUGCUUCAGACAAAUCCAGAGGUAGUGAAAAGGUGGAGUAAUGAAGUUCAAGAGGCAGUACAGUCAAGGGCUGCCCUUGUACAGUUUCAUGCUCUGGCUCUGCUCCAUCAGAUACGACAAAAUGAUCGACUAGCUGUUAGCAAAUUGGUUACUAGUUUGACCAGGGGAACUGUUCGUUCACCACUCGCUCAAUGCCUUUUGAUACGUUAUACUAGUCAGGUCAUCCGUGAGUCUGCUUCUAACUCACAAGGAGAUCGCCCGUUCUAUGAUUUUCUUGAAGGUUGUCUUCGUCAUAAGGCAGAGAUGGUCAUUUUUGAGGCUGCUAGAGCUAUCACAGAGUUAAGUGGUGUGACGAGUCGAGAACUGACUCCAGCAAUUACUGUGCUCCAGCUCUUUUUGAGCUCUUCCAAGCCAGUGUUGCGUUUCGCUGCUGUCCGCACCUUGAACAAGGUUGCAAUGACCCAUCCAAUGGCUGUUACCAACUGCAACAUAGAUAUGGAGAGUUUAAUUUCCGAUCAGAACAGAAGUAUUGCCACACUUGCCAUCACCACGUUGCUAAAGACAGGAAAUGAGUCAAGUGUAGAUCGUUUGAUGAAGCAGAUAACAAAUUUCAUGUCCGAUAUUGCUGAUGAGUUUAAGAUUGUGGUAGUGGAAGCCAUAAGGUCUCUGUGCUUGAAGUUUCCUCUGAAAUACAGAGCACUGAUGAACUUCUUAAGCAACAUUUUGAGGGAAGAAGGUGGAUUUGAGUAUAAGAAAGCCAUUGUGGAUUCGAUUGUGAUCCUUAUCAGAGAUAUCCCCGAUGCAAAGGAAAGUGGGUUGCUUCAUUUAUGUGAGUUUAUUGAAGACUGUGAAUUUACCUACCUUUCCACUCAGAUACUUCAUUUCCUGGGGAUCGAGGGCCCAAAGACUUCAGAUCCUAGCAAGUACAUACGUUACAUCUACAACCGUGUACAUCUUGAGAAUGCUACUGUUCGAGCGGCUGCUGUGAGCACACUGGCAAAGUUUGGUGCUAUGGUUGAUUCCUUGAAGCCGCGUGUCUUUGUCCUUUUGAGACGAUGCCUAUUUGAUAGUGACGAUGAGGUCCGUGAUCGUGCAACCCUUUAUCUCAAUACACUUGGCGGCGAUGGAGAAGUUGUUGAAACUGACAAAGAUGUGAAGGAAUUUCUCUUUGGAGCCUUGGAAAUUCCACUUGUCAAUCUCGAGACAAGUUUGAGAAACUAUGUGGCUUCAGAAGAAGCUUUUGAUAUCAACUCUGUUCCUAAAGAAGUCAAGUCUCAGCCACUUGCAGAGAAGAAAGCUCCAGGGAAGAAGCAGCCAACUGGUUUGGGUGCUCCACCAGCUGCCCCUCCAUCUACCGUCGAUGCUUAUGAAAAACUUCUUUCUUCAAUUCCAGAGCUUGCUAGUUUGGGGAAACCUUUCAAGUCCUCAGCACCUACAGAGCUUACAGAAGCAGAGACAGAAUAUGCUGUUAAUGUUGUGAAGCACAUCUAUGAUAGGCAUGUUGUGUUCCAAUACAACUGCACAAACACAAUCCCAGAGCAGCUACUGGAAGAAGUUAGUGUGGUGGUGGAUUCUUCCGAUGCAGAGGAAUUUUCAUUCGUAUUAUCAAAGCCUUUGAGGUCCCUUCCUUACGAUUCUCCUGGUCAGACGUUCGUUGUAUUUGAGAAGCCAGAGGGAGUUCCUGCAGUGGGGAAGUUCUCUAACACCCUGAAAUUCAUUGUUAAAGAGGUUGAUCCCAAUACCGGGGAAGCAGAUGAAGAUGGAGUGGAUGAUGAAUACCAAUUGGAGGAACUUGAAGUCGUGUCUGCAGAUUACAUGCAGAAGGUCGGGGUCUCCAACUUCAGGAAUGCAUGGGAAAGCUUGGAUGCUGACCUUGAGCGUGUGGAUGAAUACGGACUUGGUCCGAGGGAAAGCCUUGCUGAAGCCGUUAAUGCAGUCAUCUCUCUUCUCGGAAUGCAGCCUUGCGAGGGAACCGAGGUGGUCGCAAGCAAUUCGAGGUCGCACACUUGUCUUCUGUCCGGUGUGUUCAUAGGCAACGUGCGGGUUCUUGCGAGGUUGCAAUUCGGGCUCACCGGCCCAAAGGAAGUCGCGAUGAAGCUGGCCGUGAAAUCCGAGGAUAUCGCUGUCAGUGAUGCCAUUCAUGAAAUCGUUGCCAGCGGCUAA